GGAGAUCAGUCGUUUGACAGCGUCAGUCGCCCAGCUCAGAUGUUAAAGCGAGGUGGCGUGGAGAUUUUUGCGUUUGGGAUGGGUGGAAGGAGAAGUAAUAGAUAUUUGUCUUCCAUAGCGCACGACCGUUACCACGUGUUUAGUGCACGCUCGAGAUUGGGGCUAAGGAAGGUUAUUGAGAAAUUAGUGGCAAAAAUAUGCGCAGCUACUCCAAUCAGAAAACCAACACCCACAGGUAUGUGUUUUUAUUUCUUUUUCUUUUUCUGGUUUAAUUUUGUUGUUUUGUUGUUGUUUUUGUUUUGGCAUUUUUUUCGGCUAUUUGUUUCAUUUGGUUGGUUGACUCAGGACUGGGCCCCUCACUCCUGAGCUUCCUUCUCUCAUAUAAGGCCUGGGUCACGGUCACAGUCACAGUCCGACUAAUGUAUGUGUUGCCGAGUUACAGGAGAUUUUUAAGCUGCCUUUGUAUACUUAAAGGUUUUCGGUUCAGUCAGCUUGUUUCAAAUUGUACCCUAAGAUCCAGAGUUUGAGUGACCCAAUGACGGCUGCACGGCGAAGUGUUAGUGAAAUAUAUAUCGAAUGAGAAGAGGCUCAGCUCCUAUAUUACUUACUGUAUAAAUUAUGAUAUUGUGUCUGUUCACUUUUUCCCGUCCUAAAGGUGGAUUUCCAUUGUCGCGUAAUUUUUACACGCUUGCGCCAGUAAAUAAAAUAGAGGCAAUGUAUGGAAGGUCGCGCGUAAAGUGAAAGUUCAACUUCUCUCAACUUUUACGUUUAAGCGCGACCUUUGAUUCACGCUCAAUAUAUUUAUGCGCGUACGCAGGUAAAAAUAUCGCAACAGUGGAAUUCCUCCUUAUGUGUUGCGCGUUAAGCGAGUUUUACUUGAGCAAAAUUUUGCAAACAGCCAGAAAUUUGCUAAUGAAGUCAACUUUUCGUUCUAGUCGUAAUCGACAGCAAAUAUAGGGCAAUCGUCGCACGGGAAUUUGUUCAGCUAUUGCACAAUUAUUGUUUUUGUUUGCUUGUUUACUUACAGGACCACAAACAAUACCCACUCGUCCAACACAAAAGCUAGGUAAGGAAAAUUACUAUAACUGUGAUUCAGUUGGGUAUGUUCAAAUUUAAAAUAUCUUACCACAAUUGUCUUUUUCCAGUUCCGCCUCCAGCAAUGGGCAUUUACCCGCUGAAUGGCAUCACCCGCGGGAAAGACAUUGGCCCCUUUAAAAACCCAAGAGCUAAACUUGUCAACGUAGUGUCCAAGAACGGCCCCGAUGGGCUUCCAGCAGGAUCCUAUCAGCUCCAAGGAUUCGCAAACAGCUACAUAUACUUCCCAAAUACAGGGCGUUUGGAUGCUCAGAACUCCAUCACCAUCCUACUUUGGCUAAUGCCCGAAAGUGCCGGACCUAUUUUCCAUUACUUUCCCCGGGGUAUCGGUGUUAAUCUACGAAUGAUCAGCCGUAAGGUCAUCCGCGCGGAGUUCGUCAGUCGUAAUCGAAAGGUCACAAGGCGAAUUGCAAGGAGGAUUAGAUCGCGAGUGUGGAACUACAUUGCAGCAACGUACGAUUAUAACACGGGUCUGGCAACAUUGUGGUUGGAUUCCAUCCUUAUAUCACAACGAAAUAUCGGAAGGAUUCGACUGGCGACAAAUUACCCGGCAGUGUCUGGACGUAGACCUGGUGAUCCCCGGCACUUCCGUGGUCGCAUUGCGUGUCUUCAGAUUUACAACGUAGCAUUGAAUUCCUACCAGAUAAGAAAACUUAAGAGGUCCUGUUUCCGUGCAAGUAAGUUCACGCUUAUCAUGCUAACACGUACCUUAAUUUUCAUUUCGGAAAACAGACCAAAGAAUGUCCAAUCUUAAUUUGUUGUUUGAAGGGCUUGAGCAAUUAUUUGUCAAUUUUUGAAAUAAAUCUAUUUAACGUUUUUGUCGAGCGUUAAAACCUGCAGUAGUCUUGAGAGACAUGAGACGUUCAUUAGAUUUUACCCUGCUGACCUUACUUACCUACUAACUCUCAUUUACUCACUCACGCACUUACUUUUUUAUUAUUAUUUUAAUCAUGCUUACCUUAUUAUUGUAAACCACUUUUUAGGGCCGGUGACACCAUCGCCGACAGUGCCGAGUAAGUUAAACAACUCGUUAGUAAUAAAAUGA